AUGACAAAUCGUGUCUUAAUAGCCAACAAUGGUCACGAAAAUGAAAAAGAAGUUAAUGAUAAUUUAAGUAGACGUAAUAAUGUUAACAAUAAUCAACAAUGUUCUGGUAUAGUUGUAAUUCCUUAUUUGAAUGGUAUCACCGAACGUUUGAAAAGAGAUUUAAGAAAACAUCAAAUUAAAACAUUUACACAACACUCUAAAAGUAUUGGUUCCAUUUUAAAUAAAGCCAAAUUACUUUCACGCAAUAAGCUUGAUGCUAAGAAGAAAGAUUCUUCUGUUUUUGCUAAAAAUGCUAUUUAUGGGAUACCAGGCAAAUGUGGAUGUAUCUAUGUCGGAGAAACGGAAGAUAUUGGGAGACGUCACAAACAACAUAUGAGUAAUGUCAAAUAG